GUUUUUCACGUUGUACGUCAGAAGCGAACAUGUGAAUUUGAAUAUCGAUCCUCUGCGUGAGUGGCAAAGAAGAGUUGUCGCACUGCCAUGCCAGCAGACCUCAAACGCCCCCGCGCAGGGGAAUCGCCAAAGGCGACAAAGGCGACCAAGAAGGAUGUCGCGGCGCGGCCUCCUCCCUCGGACUCAGAAUGGGAACAAGAAUUCUCUGAGAUGUCGGAGCCUGAAGCCGCGGGCCAGAAGCAGCAGACUAUGGCGCAGUGCAUAGCGACAACAAUCCGUGACUACCCUUCGGAGAACACGGUGAAAGAGUUUGUCCAAAACGCCGAGGACGCAGGAGCGACGGAAUUCGCAAUGUAUAGCUGCCCUUUAUUUCUCUUUGUGUUCUUUUAAGCUCCUUAUCGCUAUCCCAUACCACUCCUCAGGCAACGUUGCGCGCAUUGUAAACCACAUAGUGACGAAGACGAAAUAAAUGCAACAGGUACGUCGACGAACGCGAGGCGCCGACCGACAGGCUGAUAUGCUCUUCCACCCGGGAACUCCAGGGGCCUACCUUGGUCUUCCGAAACAACGAAAUCUUCACCGCGGAGGAUUUCGCACAAAUCUUGCAAAUGAAUCAAGGCUCCAAGAAAGGAAAAACGGGGAAAAUCGGGCGACACGGUGUCGGGUUCAAUUCGGGGGCGAACUUUGGCGACAUGCCAAUUAUUGUGUCUGAUGCCACCAUCCAGGUUCUGGAUUCAAGGCUGUAUUUGAAGAACGCAAAGCGGGUCGAAAUUGCUAAGGGACACUUUCACGACUGCUCCACUUCGAAAGACGAGCCUGGUAAAAAGUUCAAGCCGCACCAGUUACAGCGGCCGACCCUUCGUAAUCAAUUUGGGCGGUUUACUUGGCCGCCGUAUAACCUGAAAACCGAGAAAGGCGAUCGGUUUGACGAGACGCUGGUGGGCAUCGCGUUGCGGAAGAAGCUGAUUGAGACCGGAGAGGCGCAGCUAAGCAAGAACUUGUGGACCCCGGAAUCCGUGCACAACCUCCUUGCCCCGCUCCUGGCAAACGAGGUGCGGCUAUAUCUACUUUUUCUGCGGAGUGUCGAGAAAACAACAUUUGCGCUGAUCCCGAAGGAAGCACCAAAAGAUC